UUGCUCACACUAGACAAAUCGGUUCAUCUACCUUGAUUAAUUAAAAAUGCGGAUCGCGGUUCGUCAUGACCGCGCUUUCCAUUUCGCAAGACCGAUCGUGCUCGGUUGCAUUCUGAUCUCGUUGGUGAGUCGAAUAUCGGCACAAAUCGAGAACCAGGCGUUCGAGAAUGCGUAUGGUCUGAACGACGAAAAUGUGUCUACGAAUAUCGACGAUGCUUUUGAGACGGAAAUUAACGAAAGCUCAGCGGUCCCAUCGUCAGCGGAAGUCUUCUCAGAAGCGGAGGACCUCGCCAACGUCGAAGAUGAUCAGGACGAAGAAAAGUCGGACCCACCCUCGCCACUGAAAAACGAGCCGAAGGAAGAAAUUGCAGUUUCUAAAGGUAUAUCUGGGAGAAUCGCUGGAGAAAAAAGCGGAAAGUAUGUGAGAUACGAUUCAGAUGCACCUGACGCGGACAGGUACGCGCCUCGUUCGUCCGAUUCAGUUCCAAACUACGUCAUAACAGAAGCGAGGCUGAGAGAAAUACGAUCCAAGUUUAUGUAUUGGUUCUUCGACAAGGGCGGUGAUAACGACUUGGGCGAUUAUCAAAAAGACAUCCAAACGUCGAUGCCACAGAUACACAAGAAUUUCAACUUUCAAUUGCCCUUCUUUGGUUUCAGAUUCAAUUACACCAGAGUAUCCAUGAAUGGUUACUUAGAAUUCAGUGACCCUCCGGUAUACUACACUUACCCUGUCGUCUUCCCUGUGAAAGACUGGCCAAAGAAGAACGAUCCCAGCUUUAUAGGAAUAUUCUUCAGCAAGUGUCGCAUAGGGGAGGUCAGAAAAGACGACAUAGAUCAAAGAGCGCCUGGCGUCUACUUCAGGCUCGAGAGAGACUUGCAAAGGAGGAAUGAUCAAUUCGGCGUCGAAAUGCGGGAGCGUGUUAAGUGGGACGUCCGCGAGGGCAUCAUCGGUUCCGACUCCUUCGACCCCAAGCACGCUGCUAUAAUCACGUGGAAGAACAUGUCUUUCGCCGGUGGUAUCGAUAAUUCCCUCUACAAGACGAACACCUUCCAAAUGGUUCUGGUCACGGACGAGGUGUCCACCUAUGUCAUAUUCAACUACUUAGACAUUCAAUGGUCCAGUCACACGGAAGCUGGUGGCGAUACUACGGGCGGAGAAGGCGGUGUUCCAGCUUUUGUCGGUUUCAACGCUGGAAACGGUACGCAGUCCUAUGAAUACAAACCCUACUCUCAAAUGUCUACGAUUCGCGACUUGACAGGAAGAGGAUGGGCGAACCGUUUCCCAGGACGACACAUUUUCAGGAUAGACGAGAAGAUCAUGCUCGGGACUUGCAACAAGGAUAUCGCUGGGGCAAACUUGCCUCUGGUGUUCGCGCCAGAAAGCGGAAACAUGUUAGGCGGGACCAUUGUCAACAUCACUGGUCCGUGUUUCAACGAGACUCAAAAGAUUCGAUGCAUGUUCGAGACCGUGUGGGUGAUCGGUACAGUGAUCGAUAGGAAUCGCGCCAUCUGUGUCCAGCCUUUUGUGAAGGCCCAGGGAUACAUCAGAUUCGCCAUCAGCAUCGGGGAUAGCAAAUCUUACGACUGGAAGGGAAAAUAUUUCAUUGAGACCCCAGCCACAGCUACCGAGAAGAUCUACGUUGCUCAAUCGGUUCACGAGCGACAACCGGCUGAAAUAAAAAUCACAUGGGAUCGAUACAACUUGACCAGCAACUUGAACGCUGGCGUGCAGAUAUCCUUGUGGGGAUACCGCGAAACCAAAACUUUACCAGACUUUCAGUACAUCACUACUUUGGAGCCUUCGUACACGAAUCUCGGCUACUACAUCAUCCAGCCAGCUAAAUACCGCGACGAGUACAAUCCCUAUCAGCAGGACAUGGCCUUUGGAUUUAUCAUGCUGAAUUUAACGGAUCCGCAGCAAAACACAGGCCACAACAUCACGCCGAGCCUGUGGAGCAGGCCAAUCCCAUUGGGGUGGUACUUUGGUCCGCAAUGGGAACGAGUGUACGGGUCGAAGUGGGCCCAACGACUCUGCGAUAAGUGGAUCAUGAACGAUAGGUAUCUGAAAAACUUCGCUGCGGAAAUAUCCCUGUGUCCGUGCUCCUUGAAGCACGCGUUGUACGAUAAAGGACGUUUCCUUCCGGACUACGACUGCGACAAGGACGCGAAUCUGGAUUGUAUUUACAAUCAGCAUGCGCAUCACUGCGUGAGAACAGGUGCACCUAAUAUGGACGGUUCCGAGCAACAAUGCUGCUACGACAAAUACGGUUACCUGAUGCUGACGUACGACCAGCAGUGGGGUUCAAGGCCGCAUCGAUCACACAACCUUGGGUACUACCCCUGGGACGAGGCGAACAAAGUACCCACCCUUUCGCACUGGUACCACGACAUAUUACCGUUCUACAUGUGUUGCAUGUGGCAAGAGGAGCACGCGGUCGGUUGCGAGACAUUCAGAUUCGAGAGACGACCUACCCAAGACUGCGUGGCUUAUCAAUCUCCUGCGGUGGCGACGGUGUUCGGCGAUCCCCACAUCAUCACGUUCGACAAUCUAGAGUACACGUUCAACGGGAAAGGCGAAUUCGUUCUAGUACGAGUGAACAACGAGAAGGACAAGUUGGAUGUUCAAGCUAGGUUCGAGCAAAUGCCGAACAACUUGUACGGCGAAGUCAGAGCUACGCAAUUGACGUCCAUUGCAGCUAGGGGAAACAACUCUAUCCCCAUCGAGGUUCGUCUGAGGCCAAAACACGCCCAGUGGAGAUACCGUCUGGAUGUUUUCGCGGAUAAUCGGCGAGUGUACUUCGACAGACCAUCAAUUAAGUUCCAACACUUCCCUGGAGUGGUCGUUUACACGCCAACGUACAUUUUAAACCAGAGCGAAGUGAUCAUUAUGUUCGACACUGGUGCCGGCGUGGAAGUGGUAGAAAACGAGGGAUUCAUGACGGCCAGGGUCUACUUACCUUGGACCUACUUGAACAAGACCACAGGACUUUUUGGCAAAUGGAACGUCGACAUCGCGGACGACCUGUUGACCCCAGAUGGUCAACCGGUGACGACAACCAAUCUGAACCACUUCGAAGCUGUGCACAGAGACUUCGCGAUAAAGUGGAUGCUGGAGGACAAGGAGGACGACUUAAAAGGAGGGGCUCUGUUCACCAGAGAAUUUGGCAGGACCGCCAGUUACUAUGCCAACAGAACGUUUGAACCUGAAUAUCGGAAGUUCGCUCAGGAAAUAAUACCGUCUAACAGGACGGAUGAUGUAAAACAAGCUUUAGACCUCUGUGGAGACUCGUAUCAAUGCCAAUACGACUACUCGAUGACCCUCAAUAGGGAUGCAGCCCAUUUCACAAGAAAUUACUACGACACGUAUACUAAGAUAAGAUAUACCAAUUUGGAAGAUCCAGUAAUAUCUUGCGGUGUAUUGGAGACGCCGCGAUUCGGCCGCAAGAGUAACUUCUUCUUUACACCUGGCACGAAAGUGACCUUCGAGUGUAAUCAGGAUUUCAUACUGAUUGGCGAUCAACGGCGUGUCUGCACGCCACAAGGUCGCUGGGACGUUCCAGAGUAUGGAUACACGGAGUGUCUACGUAACGUCGAGUAUGCGCAGCGUACAGCAUGGACGACAAUGGGUAUUAUUUGCGCCGUUUUGAUUCCAAUAGUAGCAAUUAUCGGGGGCGCAUUUCUUUAUAUAAGAAAGCAACAAUCGAAUGGAAGCUCCGUAAAGUCUUGGCGUUACUCUUUGCGCGAAUCUAAUGCCGACAAUGAGUCUACAUUGAGACAGACCACACCAUUAAAACCAUACGUUAGAGCGAUUUCACCCACUAGCGACACUAGUACUACACCGAGUACCAGCAAAAAGCGUCAUAGCUAUGAUAAAGUCUAUCGUACCAAUGAGCCUUUGCCAAAUAUGCCCGAUGUCGAUUUCGAGGACAAAGACUGGGACCUCAAAGAACCUAAUUCUCCGACAGAAUCGGAAAAGAGUAUGAUAGAGUCCGUUAGAAAAGCUGGAAGUCCCAGCAAAGAAAGCGACGUAUAAUAUUGUUCAGAGGACGUUAAACGUUGAGAAUUUAACAAACAAUUUCGAAUAAUUCACAUAGCGUACUUGACAUUCCAAAACUUCACCAUUUACACAUGUAAUCAUUGGAAGCGUUUCUUCUAUGACAAAUAUUUAUAAACAUGUUACUCUCUCUCUCUUUCAUUGAUCGUAAUAACUCGUGUCUACAUUUUCGGAAUAAUUCCGUGUUACAUCGUACAAAACAAGCAUACAUUAAAUAUCAUUAUUAUUCUUUUUCACGUGUAAAUUACAUCUUCUGUUUUUGCUGUGGAAUAGAAAUGUCCUUCAUUUUAUAGAAUUCUGUUCAUCGUGUAGUGU